AUGCGAAUUAAUGGAGAAAGGCUUACAAGAGAUCAGUAGAAUGACGCAAUGAAUAUCCUCAUAAGGCAGACCGAAUUGUCUAAAAUCGUCUGUAAUAUUUCUCAAAAUUUGUAAUAGCAUAACUAUCCAGUGUUAAAAAAAAUUAGGAAAUUUCAUUUAAUAGCUAACCAUAUUAAAAGUAUAUUAUAUAUAUGUUACUAUCAAUUAAACUUAAUUAUAUAUGUAAUUAUUGGAUUAAUAAAAUUGAUUUAUAUGUUCGCACCAAUUUAAUUAUAUAUGUAAUAGUUACUGACUUUUAAUUAUUUAAUGUAUAUUUAUUAUUUCAUAAUAUGUAAAAACAUAUAAUACAUAAAAUAAUUUAUAUAUAUAAUGUUUAUUCCGUGCAAGGCACGGAUCUUAAUCUAGUAAGUUAUUAAUUUUCCAAUAUCCAAACACUAGUUUAAGAUUCACGGUUCAUGCAAGAUAAACAUUGUCUAUACAAAUUAUUUUUACAUAUUAUUAAUCAUCACGGCUAUAAAAAAAGUCGUAAUGUUUCUCAAUUAAUAUAUAGGAGAUUUAUGGUAUUUUAAGCAAUUUCUUCUAUUAUUAUGUGUGGUGUAUUUCAAAAGUAUAGAUCGGCAAUGGGAUAAUCAAGGAAGAAGAAAUAUGUGAAUGAUACCUUUUAUGGAAAGAAAAAUAUAUAUUUUUUUCCGGGGAACUAUCUAAUGUUAUAUAUUUCUCUUUUUAGCUACAUCCAAAACCAUUUCAAAAACAAAGUCCAAUUAUUUAUGCACAACUUUAUUUACCUUGCCGUCAAAUAUUUACUUUUCAUAGUAGACCACAUUUUUAACUAUUAUAAAUUCUUUGAUAUUUAAAAGAAUAAAUACAGUAUCGAUUUCAGAAAAGGCGAUAAACCAAAAAUUACAAUAACAAAAUCUAGCAUUCCUAAUGUUAAAAAAAAUAAUAAUCUAGCAUUCCUUUUUUGGUCGUUUUAUCAGUGAAAUAUAAAAUAACACGGGUAGAUUGUCAUUAAAACCACAAAUGUGUACAUAGUGUACACACACAAAGUGGUUAACAGAAUUUAAUACCACCAAAAGUUCUUCUUUUUUUUAACGAAAAUUUCAUUCAUAAUAAUACUAUUCGAUUCUCUGAUAUCCCAUAUAUAUUAAAAGAGGAGCAUUACAACUUAACUUAUGAGGUAGCCAUAUGUCAUCACCACAAUGAUUUUUAAAAUCUUUAGAGAAAUAUGUUGGUCCAUGUAAAUAUAUAAUAAGUUUUUUAUUAAACUAAAGAUAAAUUAAUUAUUAAAGUUUUCAAUUCUUUCCUUAAAUAGAAAAUACGGAAUUUCCUAAUGUUGGUAAAGUAUAUAAGACAAUUAAUGAUUUCAAAUAAUUAAGAUUUGAUACAAAUUAAUGCACCCUCUAUCAUUUUUUUUAACUUUAAUUUAUUAAAAUAAAUUAAAAAAUCACAUUGAACAUAUAAUAAAACUUUAGAUUUUUUAUUAUAUAUUAUAUUUUAAAUUUCUUUUAAAGUCUCACAUUAAAAUUUUAUGAACCAUGGUUUAAUUUUUUUAUGACAAAAAAUAAUUACAAAAUCAUAUAAUUAGGAAGUCUCAUUUAAUAAAUAUCAAGAUUAAAUAUAUAUAUAUAUAUAUAUUAAUAUCUUUUAAAUUAAACUAUAUACCAUUAAAAAUACAUAAAUAUUUUUGUUUUGAAAUUUACUUUAAACAUUUUUUUUGGUAGAAGGUCUGAACAAAUACUGACAACUUAAUAUUUAAAUUUUAAAAUUUUCAUUCAAUGUUUCUAAAGAUUAUAAAUUACCAAAACUUUUAAACAUCACACGAUGAAAAUUUUGUUAUCAAUGAUUUUAAAGUUUUUAUUAUAAAAAUAUACAAAUCAUCAAAAAACCAAAUGAGUAGAAUACAUUAUUUAACAUAUAUCAAGAUUAAAAAUAUACUAUGUAUCUAUGUAUAUAUGUAUAUAUUCUUUAAAUUUAAUUAUAUACAAUAUAAAAUAUAAAAGGUAAUUGUUUGGAUUAAAAAAAUUAUUUACGUAUUCGCACCAAUUUAAUUAUAUAAGUAAUAAUUAUUGACUUUUUAUAUAUCAUAUAUAUCAUAUAUAUAUACAUAUAUAAUUUUAUAAUAUAAAAAUGAACAUAUAAUAUAUAAAAAUAAUUUAAAUAUACAAUGUUUAUUCCGUGCAAGGCGCGAGUCUUAAACUAGUAUUAUUUUAAAGGAAAAACAGAUAUCGUAUUAACACCUGAAAUUACAUCAAGAUGGUAGACAGAAAAAUAUUCAGAAAAAUAUUAUACUAAAAACGAUUCAGAAAAAUAAAAAAUAAUAACAUAUAAAGAGAAAAAAAAUUAUGGAAAUAUAGUUCUGCGCGUGAGACUGGAUUUUGAUCCCAGAAAAUUUGUUAAACACAAUAUUCUGGAAAUUUUAAUUUUGCAUUUACCAGCUGUUUCUUUCUCACUAAUUUUCCAUUUUUAUAGCUUCUUUUCUCCAACACAUAACUUUCUUCAACAACGUUUUCUAUUAAACCCUAAAACACUGUCGGAGGUUUUGUGUUACUUUGCUUACUUCUCUGCCACGUAAUGGAUCCGUGCACUUUCGUACGUAUUACUGUCGGAAACUUGGUUGUUAGGGCAUCGCCAUCUGUUUCGGACGCAGCACCUGGUAACUGGUUCUGUAAGAUCAAAUUCAAGAGUUUCCCACGCCAGGUCGUUGCUGUUCCCGUUCUGUUUCGAACCGAAUCAGAAUCCCAGUCCCGGUUGUGCUCCGGUGAUGUGCCAACCGUUUCUGCUUGCUUCACUCUAAGCAAGGCUCAGAUCGAAUGGUCUCUUAUGAAGCCUGAACGGAAUGUCCUCACUGUCGAGGUUUAUUCCUCUGUUCCGUCGUGUGGACUCGUCCCUUCUUUGGGUGAGAAGCUGAUUGGUCGCUUUAAGGUUUCGCUGGACUUGAAGAUGGCGGAGACAAGGACGUGUUUGGCUCACCACGGCUGGAUUGAGUUGGGCACUGAUAACAAGUCAAAGAAGAAGAAGAAUCCGGACCUCCACGUUACCGUACGGGUUGAACCCGACCCGAGAUUUAUGUUUCAGUUCGACCGCGAGCCCGAGUGUAGUCCCAAAAUUUUUCUGGUACAAGGAAACAAGAAAGAAGCUGUUUUCACAUGCAAGUUUGGAAUCAGAAACUCCCCGAAUCUUACUAGGUCAGUAAUGAUAAUCUCACCAACCACAUUAAAUUUUUGCAGAUUAUCGUCCAUGACCACUGGAAGGAAACAGACAUGGAGGGCGAGAAAAGGUUGGUCGAUAACGAUCCAUGAUCUCUGUGGCUCCCCAGUAGCUAUGGCUUCGAUUGCCACACCUUUCGUACCAUCACCCGGUUCCAAGCGCUUGUCUAAAUCAAGCCCCGGCGCGUGGCUCAUCCUCCGGCCUGAUGGCUACAUAAUGAAGCCAUGGGGUCGUCUUGAGGCAUGGCGUGAGCCUGGCUUCUCUGACAUUCUCGGUUACCGGUUCCAUUUAUUUCAAGAUGACAUGGCUACUGAAAUCUCCUCAUCGUCUUCGAUCAGGACGAAAACAGGAGGGAGCUUUGUCAUGGACGGAACCAUCGCUGCCGCGGACACCAACACGGCUGCUUCUUUGACACUGUCGGAUGGAAGCUUUGAUCUGUCUUCCCGGUUGAGUACUGGAUCAUCAAAAAACCGUUCAGGAUGCGGGUCGGAUUUCGGGUUUCUUCUACCGCAAGCGCAACAAAACUUGGGGUUUGUGAUGUCGACCACGGUGGAAGGAGUUGAGAAACAGAGCAAGCCUAAGGUGGAAGUAGGGGUGAAGUAUGUGAAAUGCGUGGAGGAUGCGGCGGCGCACGUGGCUUUAGCAGCGGCAGUGGAUUUAAGCAUGGAUGCUUGUAGACUGUUCUCUCACAAGAUAAGAAAAGAGCUGAGACAGCCAAGAGUUGUUUAAGGUUUUAUUGCUUUUAUGAUUACUUGUUUUCUCCACUGAAGUGAUUUUGUUUGUUGUGGAAAAGUUUUAAGAGAAUAUUUUUGAAUUUGAUGUUACAUGUUAGAAUUUGAACUUGUAAAGUCCAAAGAUUAAUCAUGUCUCCAAUUAUUUUCAAACAAGUUCCUUACUUCAUAGUUUAACCUUGACGACAAACAUUUCCUCUAAUUGUUGCCAGAAGAAUAUCAAAACAGAGUAUAACUCACUUAUUGUUGCAUUCCCUAAUUUGGUUUUAGAAUGGUGGAAAACGAUUUGAUUGAUGGAUCUUUAUGAUUUUGAUCAUCAGUUUGGAGGCGAUCAACUCGUAAGGUGGUUAUCAAAACCGAAAGAGUGAGAAAAUAUGAUCAGUUGAAAAACUACCACUAAGUUUGUGAGAUUACACUGCUCGGUGACAAUCUUUGAAUCUCUUCGACUGGUUCUUUUUAGAGAGAGGAUACAAGAGAAGAAACUAUUUUGAAACUCCUUCACAGACUGAGAUGAAAGAGAAACACAGACAGAACUUUUUAAAAGUGUGAAAGAAAAUCUUCUGAGAAUUUAGAUAGCGUAUAAGAUUUGAUAUGUUUAUAUUCAUAUUGUUUUAGAUAUGGGUAGGUGUAGAGUAGCAAUAUGGGCAGCAGAGUUAUUAAAUUUGUGGAACAGUGUCCCCGCAAUGAACUUUAGUAUAUUCCUAAUUACCAAGAGUUGUCUUUACUGCUUUAGCCUCAUCCAACUGAAAUAACUUGAAAGAUGUAAUCAUCACUACCCUUUUUAAGAAUACUCAAGCUUAAACUCUGACCUGUUUCUGCUGAUUUCCAUGCCAAGUUUUUUAUAAGCACAACCUAGAUUUUUCAUCUGAGAAGCUUCAUUCAGUAAACCAUCAGCUAGUUUCUUCACACAUACACAUCUAUCAAGCUUACUAUUGUGAAUUGAAUCCCUUGCAAAAGUUUUGAUUCCACAAUCUUGGACUUUACUCCAUGUUAUAGAAAGACUUCUUGAGUAAACAAAACCAGUCUUCCUUUCCUUUAACCGUAGGCCCUUCAGGCACACCAUGUGCAACUAUCUUCAGAAAAUCUCAUGUUCUCAACAACAUAAUCAAUGUCUUCUUUCUGAGAGAAGUUUUUGUAACAAAUUUUGCCUUCAAAUGUGACAUCCUUUUUUGUAGACUCAUAUUCAGUCAGUGAUCCAAGUCCGGUUCUUAUCCAGAGAAACCUGCGUAGAGAGUAUUUUAUCUGCUGCCAGGAAGUGAGUGAAUAAGAGAACAAUUAUCAAGUACUCCACAAUGUAAUGAUCAAAGCUUAUGCAAUUGGUAGGAGCUGCGAAAAGGCUUUGUGAAUUAUUUGAGAUGAGUUAUAGCGUCACACUGGAUAAAUGUACAUUACAACACUCUCAUCUACAACCUUGCGAGCUCUGACAUGCCUCAUAAAGCCAUAUCUUACCGGGG